AAAUUUAAACAAAAAAGUUUUGUUGAAAAAAAAUGACAAUCAAAUGACAAAAAUCUUGGAAAUAAAGUAAUGCAUAUGAAUUUAUAACCUGAUUUUUUUGUGGAAAAUUAAUAAUUAACAAAUGUGGACUAACAAUAAUAAAAAGAAACUUGCGGCAACAUGGACACCAGCUACCCCAUUAAAAACUCCAGAUCACAUUAUAUCAUCGGAUUAUACAAAAGCAAAAAUAUUUGUACCAUCUUACGAGAAAAAUUGUGACCAAUGUAUUGAACAAUUGCUGACCAAUGAAUAUCAGCGAAUUUGGUGGAAAGAACAAGAAGCGUGGUCAAAAAUAUUUUAUGCAAAUAAAAAUCAACCCAAAAGAAUAUUAUGUCGCGGGAGAAGUCAAAAGCAAAAUUCUAAAUCAACUACUGAGAAAUGUGCUACAAAAUGUUCAAAAACACAAAAAAAUGAAAGCAAUUCAAAAAAAGGUUGCAAAAAAAUAGGAAAUAUUGGUUAAGAAAUUUUUUAUUAAAUAAAAAUUUUGAAUAAAGAAUCAAAGUUUCUGGGGGACAAAAGUCUACAAAAUAAUUAGAAGAAAAUAUUAUUCUUUCAUUUACUACUAUAUUUGCGAUAAAUAAUUAUUUUUAAUAAAGAAAGAAUAAAUUAUGGAAAUUAA